AUGCCUUCCAACUCCCUACUCGAUGGCGUCCAAAACACCAACGGCUUGUUGAUGGCAGCCCUCGGACCAAUGUUCCUCGCGUUUGUCCCAGUAACGAACUACAUCACAGCCCCCAACGGCGUCGUUCAAAAGGCCAUGGAGACCCUGCUGGCCACCAUCCCCGGCACGGCCUCCAUCACGACUGCAAGGACCAUCCCCGCCCUCUCCGCCUUUUAUAUCUUCUGGACAUUCGGAGCAACAGGCGCCGCGUCCGUAGCUGGCCUCGCAGCAAGUCGAAAGGAGGGAUUGGACAACAGUCAUCCGAGGAAAGAUGUCAAUAACCUCACUGGCCUCCCUCUUCGACUCCGAAGCGCGCAUUACAAUCUCCUUGAGAUGUUUCCCGGCUUCGCGCUGGCAGCUGCUCUGGCUCAUGCAACUGCGCCUGCGAACCAGAAUCUGAUCAAUCUGCUCGGUCUCCACGUGCUGGCCAAGUCUUUUGUCUUUUAUCCUGCUUAUCUCCUCGAUAUUGCGCCUUUGAGGAGCAUUGCCCACAUCACGGCUACGUCUAGCGUUAUAAAUGUAGCCUGGCAGGUGGCUAUUGGCGCGAUGUAA